AUGGCUGACACCAAAUUUCAUCCUGCUUUGGCUGUCUCCAAUAUCAAGAAUCACAUUCCCAUUAUUCUUGAGAUGGAAACGGAUCAUUAUUCGGCCUGGGCCGAGCUAUCCAAGUUGCACACCCGCUCUCACCGUGUUCUUUCUCACAUACUACCUACGGGAAAGGAACCGGUACCUUCGACGGACGAUGAAAUCGAACUAUGGUCCACCUUGGAUGCCGUCGUGCUUCAAUGGAUUUAUGCCACCAUAUCCACUGACCUCUUGCAUACGAUCAUCGAGGAAGACAUAUCGGCGAAGGAAGUAUGGGAUCGUUUGCGGAAUAUUUUCCAGGAUAACAAAAACUCCCGUGUGGUGGCUCUUGAGCACGAUUUCUCUCACGUGAAAAUGAGGGAUUUCCCGAACGCCUCUGCAUAUUGCCAGCGUUUGAAAACCUUGGCUGACCAACUGAAAAGUGUCGGCGCUCCGGUGACUGAUAACCGGCUGGUCCUCCAAUUGGUGGCGGGCCUCACCGAGGCAUACAAGUAUGUGGGCACCCAGAUACGGCAGAGCAAAACCUUUGCCCCCCUUUCCUGA